UUUUAAACCUGGAUAAGCAGAAGGAAAAUUUGUGUCAUCUAUAAGUCUAUCACCUGUUAACGUUUUGCAUUAUCUUUCCAGCAUUUAUGUUUACACAUGAAACUUUUAAAAAUAGGAUAAAUAGGGUCAUACACAAAUCAUUGUUUUGUAUUCAUGAAUAUAUCAUGAACCCCUUGUCAUUCUCCACUAAACAUUAUAAAGAAAUAUUUCAGUAUUCCAUUGUACCCAUCCACCACAGGUUAUUUAAGCAAUCCCCUGUUGUUGGACACUUAGUUAUUUCCAGUUUUUUCACUGUUAUUAACAGUGUCAUAGGCUCAGAGUUAAAUCUUUGUUCACAUUCUUAGGGUGUUUGUAAAGUAUAAGAAAUGUAUUUUACACUAGUCCUGAAGAGCAGCUUGAUGAUUGGGUUUUUUGUUUUUUUUUGCCAAUUUCAUGUGAAAACAUGGUAUCUGCGCUUUUUGAUUUGAGUUUCUUUGCUCACCAGUAAGGUUAAACGCUCACUUUCGGUAUUAAAGUAUAAAGGGGUUAUUUUCUUUUGUCACAGAAGGUCUGAAAGCAUUUCUUAAAAUUAAAUAAUUAAGUUUCACUGUUAUGAUACUGUGUGACCUUCUUGUAAUUUCUUAUGGCUUUUACUCUAAGGAGUUUAGGAGUUUGGUUAUAGCAAUAGCAACUUUGUGUCAUGAAGGAAAGAACUGGAUUGGCAAUUGUUUCUUAUGGAAGACUUAACAGAAAACUGUAGAAAGCAGAGGUUGUGAGACUCAGGGCUUUUAAAUCUUCCUCUCUGGGCUUAAAAAAAAGAGAAGACUCCUAUUUCUGGGAUGUUUGCAUGCAGUCUGUAUUAGGCAGAGGGAAGCACAGAGGGACCUUUCAAGAUAUUUUAAAUUUGAGUCUAUAGUUAGAAACACUAUUUGAGUUCUCGUAAUAUAAUUUUACUCUCAAAGAACCCAUCUGAAUUAGUGGGUCGUUCCUCCCCCUCAUUAUUUCUCUCCCUCUCUCGUUCAUAUCUGCACAUGUCCAUCCAAGGACCCUGCUUCUGAAAAUCUUCAAGGUAUCAAAUGUGUGGGUUUUAUAAUAUUAAAGUGCUUUCCUUUUUUCCCCUGUUGUAGGGUGACUUCAUUAUCUUGCUUGCAAGGAGCUUACAUGGGCCCCUUUAGGAACACAGCUGGCUGUCCUAAAAAGAGGGAGUUAGUGAAGAAGUAACCAUCGACUGUGUGCCAGGAAGACAGCAGAAAACCUGACAGAUGUGGUCCCUUCCCUCAUGGAGUUUACAGUCUGACAAAAGAGACGAGUGAAUCUGUACCAAUAAUUGUGUACGUAAUUACAAUUAGCAAACUCUUGUGAUGGAGGAGAAAUAUAGAGUCGUGUGGAGCAGGUGAAGGAGGCCCUGAUUCAGCCUGGAAGGGUCUCUAAGCAGUGAUGUUUGUCCAGGGAUGCGUGGGGACUGAUUGCACCUGCCACCCCUCCUUCCUUGCAGAAUGCUGCAUUUAGUGCCUGGGAACUGCAAGGAAUCAAUCUAUUUCUGUUUUCUUCUGGUGGCUUUAGCAAUACCCCACAAGUAUGAAAAUGAAAAUACAUUGCUGUAGUUAAUUAACAACUUUCAGAUGACGCCAUUUUAUCUGAAGAAAGACUUUGCCUGAUGGAAUGAAAAAGCUUGACAGACCUCUGGGGGCGUCGGCUUAUUCACAAGACUUGCAGGAAGGCCGUGGACGCCCACCUGCCCCACGUCUCCCGUGUCCAGUAUGGGAACACCUGAAGGGACGGAGGGCCUUUGCUAGCUAAUCGGCUCUCUGAUAACUAGUCUUUAAAAAUAAAAAUUCGUCUAUUUUCCAACUUACAAUGAAAUGUGCCUUAGCCACCAUAGCUUUUGUGAUUUGGAAAAGCUCCACGUUUAACUGUGGGGUAGAGCCUGAGACGACUAUGACAAAUAGGAACAUUCUUCUGAGUUGUUUAAUCCCCUGAGAUGAUUAUGGCUGUUCUUUUGCCAGACAAUGACUCUCAAGUCCAUUAGACUUAAAAACAGAUGCUUCUGGGGAAAGUGGCUUCGAUGCAUCAGGUUACUUAGUAUUUUUAUGUGGCGUUGUUAUGGCCAUCUCCUAAUGUUAGAUAAUUUGUUCCACAAAUCUGGAACUGUCUCCUCCUCAGCUUUUAUCAGAAGCCUGGCUGUGGGACGUGGAAGUCAAGGGUGGAUUUCUGGUACAGCUGUGCCCCUGGACGCCAGACCAUCAGAGUUGCUCAUUAGAUCUCAUUGCCUUUGCUUCCUACCAAAGAGACUCUAGAGAGUUAUGCUGUGGAGUUUGUUGAGGGACACAAUGGAUAACUACCCCGUGACGUCACACGGGGGUCUGCCUGGUCUGCGCCAUUGCUUAUUGCCUCCUGUGGACAGACCCACAGUGAGCAUUUGAGAGAGCGAUCACCCUCUGCCCCAUCCCACUCUUCGCAGAAAGGAGCUGCCACGAGACUGUGAGUGUUGACCGUGCGAGGACCAAGGUGGGGUACUAACAUCUUUUGGGGAAAGAGAGUUGGCUUCCUUUCCUGAAGGUGGUGAAUGUACAGCAGAGAUGCAUGGCAGGAACGAUAAUCGGUUGACCACCUUCUCUGUUUUGUGCUAGAAAACAGAAUCAGUUGUAAGAAUCCAUGUUGAUCUUGGAAAUAGAAGGAUUAAAAAAAGUUAAGUUUCCACCAAGAACAAGAACUUUCCCAUCUCCCUUUUGAUUUGAAGACUGGGGACAAUGGAUAUCAUAGAAACAGCAAAACUUGAAGAACACAUAGAAAAUCAAACCAACGAUCCUGCAAACACUUACACAAGACCUGCAGAACCUGCUGAAGAGGAAAACAAAAAUGGCAACAGUAAACCUAAGAGCUUGUCCAAUGGGCUGCGGAAAGGUGCCAAAAAGUACCCGGACUACAUCCAAAUUGCCAUGCCCACUGACUCAAGGAGCAAAUAUCCCCUUGAGUGGUGGAAAACAGGCAUUGCCUUUGUGUACGCACUUUUCAACCUCGUCCUGACAACCGUCAUGAUCACAGUUGUACACGAGAGGGUCCCUCCCAAGGAGCUCAGCCCUCCACUCCCAGACAAGUUUUUUGAUUACAUUGAUCGGGUGAAAUGGGCAUUUUCUGUAUCAGAAAUAAAUGGGAUUAUAUUAGUUGGAUUAUGGAUCACCCAGUGGCUGUUUCUGAGAUACAAGUCAAUAGUGGGGCGCAGAUUCUUUUUUAUCAUUGGAACUUUAUACCUGUAUCGCUGUGUUACCAUGUACGUCACUACUCUGCCUGUGCCCGGAAUGCAUUUCCAGUGCGCUCCGAAGCUCAACGGAGACUCCCAGGCGAAAGUGCAGCGGAUUCUGCGGUUGAUUUCUGGCGGGGGACUGUCCAUAACUGGAUCGCAUAUCUUGUGCGGAGACUUCCUCUUCAGCGGUCACACGGUUGUGCUGACACUAACUUAUUUGUUCAUCAAAGAAUAUUCGCCUCGUCACUUCUGGUGGUACCAUCUAAUCUGCUGGCUGCUGAGUGCUGCCGGGAUCAUCUGCAUUCUUGUAGCACAUGAACACUAUACUGUCGAUGUGAUCGUUGCUUACUAUGUCACAACACGGCUCUUCUGGUGGUACCACUCAAUGGCCAAUGAAAAGAACUUGAAGGUCUCUUCACAGACUAACUUCUUGUCUCGAGCAUGGUGGUUCCCCAUCUUUUAUUUUUUUGAGAAAAACGUACAAGGCUCAAUUCCUUGCUGCUUUUCCUGGCCCCUCUCCUGGCCUCCUGGCUGCUUUAAAUCUUCGUGCAAAAAGUAUUCACGGGUUCAGAAGAUCGGUGAAGAUAAUGAGAAAUCUACCUGAAAAGCAAAACAAAGGCACCAGCUCUGAUACCAAAAGCGUUUACGCUGUAACCAAAGGUAUAGUUUUGUCUUUUUAUUUUAGGAGAACUUGACUGGUAAAUGAAGAAGUGGACCAAAUUUUGUGCAAAUGAUUAGAAAGAUGAACGAAGUAUUAGCCUUUGACUGGUUUUUAUUAAUCCUGAGAAAGAUGUAUUUUGCUGCAGCUUUUCCUCCGCUGGUGACGAGCCCACGCUGGGAGUUUACUCAGGAGCUUGUUAAAGACGGGCCAGAGGACGCGGUCCUCUCCUCGCUCUUUCCCCACUAAAGCCCUCGACGGAAGUUUUUCGGGAUUUUUUUCUUCCAAGGUCAGAAGAAUUUGUUAACAUUUUAAAUAAAAUAUCUGGAUAUAUACAGCUACUAUGUAAAUAGAAUAACCUACGUUGAGAGUGGUUUUUGGCAUCAGGCUCGUUAGUGAGGGGAGAUGCUGGGUUGCAAAUAAGCCUCAAGAGAACUCUGUUUCUGCCUUCUCGUGGGCGAGGCCGGGCCCAGAUCUGGGAAGGUACGCUGCGGCCGCCCCAUGCACUAUGUGUCACUUUUACUUUUUUUUUAACUGAUAAUUUUAUUUUAAGAAAAUGAUCUAAGUAAAUAUGGAAGUAUUUGCCUCACCCCAUGGCUUUUACAUGUGUAAAUAUUUCACUUUAAAAUCUGACAGAUACAUAGGAAACUGAGGGCUAUUUCUGUUACCGGGGGGCCCUGUGUAUGCACCUGUACACUGUCUGCCCGGUACACUUGCACCUCGUACCCACAGGCAGCCCACUGCUCGAGCACAGGCUGGAAACCCCUCUGUGCCGAGCCGAUGGCCCUGCCACCUGGGGACAAGCCCACGUUUCUCUCCCAGAUCUGUUUUAGAGCUGCUAAUUGGAACUCAAAUACAAUUGGUCACACUUCACUGAAAACGAUUUCUUCCCAGUUACAUUGUGCUUUGUGAAAAAACUGAGAUGGAGUCCAAAAGUUGAAUGCAUCCUUGCCUUUUAGCAAGAGACUCAGCCUCUUACAAACUGGUCCUGAGGACAUACGCCACAACCGAGCAGUUUUGCUCUGACCCUGAGAUUACACCACGGUGCUGCACUAUAACCUCCUCUUGGGCCGGCGUGUUAGACAGCUACGCUGUGAAGGGGAUUAAGGGGGAUAAUUGUUUCUAAAGUUCUUUGAGGUGAUGCAAAAAAAGAUGGAGUUUUAGAAAUCUGAUCAGAUUUAAUGCCAUCAGUUUUAGUGCAUUGUUUAAUGCUAUUGAAUCUUUUGGAUAAUUCUUGGCUUAAUUUCUUAAGACUUCUAGUAACCUUAGAAAAAGAUUUAAGGUUACAAAAUCACCAACCCUAGGUCAGAGGGCAGAGAGGCCAAUGGGGUGGAAGGAGGCAGUUACAUUUCUAUUGAAGGUGAGGAUUUCCCUCCACUUAGAAUGAAAAACAUCCCUAAAUCUGUCAUCAUAAACUGGUCAACCUUGGUUCGGUACACAAAAUUGAACUUUUCAUUGUUCGAGAGAAGCACAAUACAGAUCUGUUCAGAAGGGUCAUUAUCCUUUGGUGCUAAAAUUCUGGGUGUGUUUUCCAUAUGGCUUUCUCUGUGUAACAGGAGCAUCACUAAAGGAAAGUUAGUUGAAUUCAAAGGCAGGAAGAAAAACUCUCUAAUCUGGUUAUUUAAAACAAGAAUUAAAACCCAAAACAUCCUUGGCAGGCUUUGAAAUGCAGAUUUUUCCAGUAUUAAUUAUUAAACCAAUAAGAAACAUAUCUGUGGCUUACCUGGUGCCUUCAGCCAUCAUUCUACAUAAUUUUCCCUUGUUAAAUACUGACGUGGGGUAGAACAAGGUGUUGUGCUUGAAAACACAGAGUUGAAACUCCUGCGAUCUGGUUGUAGGGAGAGCCCCGGACCCCAAGGCCUGGGUUUGCCCUCCUGACACUGGGGUAUUUCAGACCCUCUCACUCACAUGAAACAGCCUGAGGGACCGGCGAGCCUUAUUCAGAGGCCUUCGGAUAACCCACUUUUCUUCAAAUUAAAUAAGGAAAAGUGUUUAAGCUUUAAAACUUGUGGUGUAUUGAUUGUUGGAGACCCUUUGAAACAGUCAACCUUGCAUUUUAGUCAAAUAAUCCAGUUUAAAAAUAAUAAUAAUAAUACCAUCACCUUUUAAAGAACUUUAAAAACAUCUAUGACCCCCCCCCACGUGGACAUACUGCUCCCAUGUUCUUUAUGCAUAUGUGUCAUCACUUUCUAAUAGAUGCUGUGGAAGCAUGUGGUUUGAAAAUAAGGGGGGACAUAUCAAAGUUUCAGGAUGGGAAAAUAAGAGAAAUAGUGAAACUCGUUUACAUUUGGGAAAGCAAACUUGAGGUUUACCCCAACAUGCCGCCUGGGGACAUGAAACAUACACAUGACCCGGCCUUUGAAACAGUAAAUUUUCAGCGCCCCCAUUCCUUGCUAAUUAAAUAAGAUACCAGAUUUCAUGCAUUAUCCUUGUUUUUGUAAACCAGUGCUCCUGUUUGAAGCUUUUCCCGUAAUUUAGUCCUUUAGUGCAAUAUCUAUAACAUAUAAUUCUUAUAAAUUAUGCCAUAUUUUUUUCUAAAUUCUUUCACAUGGAAAUAAGUUCCUCUCAGAUUCGAUUUUUUGAGCUCCUCCACUAGCUCUGAAAAGAAAGCAUUCAUCCCCAGUUCCACCCAAAGAAACUGUGAAUUUGUUGUUUAAUUGACUGGCAUCCCGGGACACAAGUUUUGCUGUGGAAGAAAGGCUGUUUUAAGAGACCCUGGUCUCUAGUCUGGCCACGGACCACGUUACACAAGCGUGUUUGCUGUGUUCCAGUGCCCCCUUGUGGAAAUACGUUCUAUGACUUGGAGCACAAACUUGCCACUUCAAGUUUUUAAAAGGCAUUUGUUUUUCAUUAGUUUUGCCAAUAAUCUGAAAGCAUCAUGUGAAAGGAAUUAUUUGAAAGGCAUUUUAAACCUUUCCCAAAGGGAAAAUGUGCUUAGACCCCAGGGAGGUGCAAUUCUCAUCUCGUAUCCAUUCGAUCAAAGAAGACCUGCAGACUGUUUACCUCUCACCGCCACAAUCAGUGAUGUCUCCCUUUAUAACCCCUGCGCGCUGUGUGCUUGGAAACACCAAGUUGGCUGUCUGUCGUUUUUCUCUUUUUGUGUGCUGGAACUCACGCAGUUUCUUUUUUAAUUGGAAAUUCCCCUCUUGUUCCUUGAAUAUUUUGAACGUUUCUUUCUUAAUCCCUUUUUUGUGGUUUUUGUUUUGCACUGUAAAACUGAUUAAAAAUUUAAACCAGUCUUAACACACUCACUUCUGUAGUGUAAGGAAGUGUGAGAAGGAAUUUGCUAAUAAAUGAGUUUACAUGUUUAAAUCAAGCAUAUUGUAAGUAAUAUGCCAUAUGUUGAAGGCUUUUCUAUUUGUAUGUAUAAAGAUUGCUGGUAUUUUCUUUAAUGUCAUUGUGUUGCAAUAAUUUAACUCCUUUGACUUACUUGCUAAAAAUAUUUCUUCUAUUAAGAAGUGCUCUUGACUUCACUACCUAAAACACUGAAAAUCAUGUCACAGGUACCCAAAGAUAAGUUUUUAUACAGAUAUACACCUUAUAAGUUGAUUUAUUUUAUUACUCAUUAGUCUAACUAUGCUGUGUUCUAAAUGAAUCAUGAAUGAGAAUAGUUCUUUAUUGUGGAAUUAUUUAAAACUGUCCUUUAAAAGAAAAAGAAGAAACUGUAAACAUAAGCUAAGCUAGUUGCCAAGGUGGAGUUCAUUAUUUAAUUUACCUCCUAUGCAAUGAUUAAUGCUGCAAAAUGUAUGGUUAUGUUACAGUAUAUUCACAAAAGAAAUAUUAAAGGUUUGAGAGGAGCCAAUUGCAUUCUUUCGGAAAUUUACUGUACUGUUUCAAUGUGUUAAGUGCCUUGUUGUAAAGUAAAAUUUUAAGUCUAGAAUUCAUUAUUUUCCUGACAUAUAUUUUUCAUUAUGAUAUAUACUGUAUGCUAUUGUAAUAGUUUUAUUAAAUGCUUACAUUUUAAUCAAAUAUGUAAAUUUCAGAAGUUCUUCUCCCCCCCCCCCCACCCCCCCCACCAAUCUCUUGAUCAUUGGUUUCUCAUAUGAGAUUUGAAUUCAGGUUCUUUUCUUAAAAGAGGAAAUUAUCUUUGUUUAGAAAUAUGUUUUCCCUGCUUGUGCUUUUGUGCUCCUAAAGACAUUUUAGGAGGAGUUUAGGAGUGUAACCACAGUUUAUACUUCUAAAAUGCCACUUGACAUUUACAUUUUAAGUGCCUAAUAGUUAAAACUAAUUUCUGUUUCUAUUCUAAAGAAGAUAUGUGUACUUGGUUUCUAAUAUCUUUGGCUUUGCUUAAAAAAAACAAAAAGCAAGAGCCUAUCCUUUGUAUUUACCCAAUAAACCACAGUGACAUCAACACUCUUUUCAAA